CACUCCAAACAAUACCCCUCCCCCCCUCCAUCCCGUUCUUCCCCUCCCUCCACCCUCCUCCUCCGGAAGGAAAAGAAGGACCGCUCUUCUUAACCUACUGCGCCGCCUUCUCAUGAUUAUUUCGCCCCUGAAUUUUUUAUCUCGCCUUCUUCUCUCCCGAUAACUUGCCGACUUGGAAACUCCCUUUCCUCUUUCUAGCGCGAUGGGAUCGUCCGUCAGCCACGCCGCCGCCUCCCCGCCAUCCAUCCCUCCACCGCCACCGCACGCCGUCGGCCUCGCUGGGGUUCUACCCCCGAAGUCGGAGGAGAAAAGCGAGAAGAAGGUCGACUGGUUGAAUCUCCCGUGCCCCGUUCCCUUCGAGGAGAUCCAGCGCGAGGCAUUGAUGUCGUUGAAGCCAGAGCUUUUUGAAGGAUUGCGUUUUGACUUUACAAAGGGCCUAAAUCAAAAGUUUUCACUCAGCCACAGUGUUUUCAUGGGAUCCAUGGAAGUUCCUUCACAGUCUUCUGAUACUAUCAAAGUCCCUACUGCACAUUAUGAAUUUGGUGCCAAUUUUCUGGACCCAAAGUUAAUGCUUGUUGGAAGGGUGCUUACUGAUGGAAGACUGAAUGCGAGAGUCAAAUGUGAUCUGAGUGAUAACCUGACUUUGAAAAUCAAUGCACAGCUCACUAAUGAGCCACACUACUCUCAAGGCAUGUUUAACUUUGAUUACAAGGGCAAGGAUUACAGGUCUCAAUUUCAAAUAGGGAACAAUGCCUUUUAUGGGGCCAAUUAUAUCCAGAGUGUCUCACCACAUUUAUCCUUGGGUAGUGAAGUCUUUUGGCUGGGUCAUCAAAGGAAGUCUGGUGUUGGUUUUGCAGCUCGAUAUGACACAGAUAAGAUGGUUGCAACAGGGCAAGUUGCCAGCACUGGAAUAGUUGCACUGAGCUAUGUUCAAAAAGUUUCUGAGAAGGUUUCCCUUGCAUCUGAUUUCAUGUACAAUCUUAUGACAAGAGAUGUGACUUCAAGUUUUGGUUAUGAUUACAUCCUUAGACAGUGUCGUUUAAGGGGGAAAAUUGAUUCUGCUGGUUGUGUGGCUGCUUAUCUUGAGGAGCGACUUAAUAUGGGUGUCAAUUUUAUUCUUUCUGCAGAGAUUAAUCAUCCGAAGAAAGACUACAAAUUUGGGUUUGGUAUGACUGUAGGAGAGUAAAGCUUCUUGUAACAUUUCUUCACAAGAAUUAAUGGUUCUCUGGUAGCUGGUAUUGCCGGCUGGGCAUUGUUAGGUUUCAUGGAUUCUGGGCUGACAAUUCUCAACAGUUCGUCAAGUUCUGCCUGGAAAGUUUAUUGAUGUUGAAGGUUUAUAGAAAAAACAAACACAUUUUUGUAAUUUUAUUAGUUGAUUUCCAGCAUUUAGGUAAAGGCAUUUGGUGGCCAUUUGAUAAUUAUGACAUUUUUAGGCCAUGAUUCUUUGUUCAUCACGGAUGGAACAAGUUGUAUAACAAAGCUAAUCAAAGAUAGGUUAUCCUGGUCUUUCAUUUAGAUAUUCUAAUUUUGCAAAAGUUUUGCCUAUAAAUCAGAAAACUCUUCUUGGCUUGGGCA